AUGUCUUCGAAUUCAUCAGGCAUACCAUUGAAGAUAACGGUCAUCGGCGCUGGGAUGGCCGGCCUCUCGUCGGCAAUAGCGCUUUUAGACAAAAACCCCGACCACCAUAUUACAGUUCUGGAAUCAAACACAUCCCUCAGCGAGCUCGGUGCCGGGCUGCAACUCUUUGCAAACAGCACACGCAUUCUACACAAAUGGGGCCUAACACCAUCUAUGGAGAAAGUCGCCUUUCAAUCCUCGCAUCUGUCCGUCAGGCGCUGGAAAGAUAACUCUGAAUUAUCUUUCAACAUGAACAACCCUACCAGCACAUGGCUGUAUGGGUGGCCCCAGUGGCAGGUUUAUCGGCCAGACCUGCAGCAAGCCCUAUAUGAGCGUGUUCAAAAGCUGCCCAAUGUCUCCGUUUUAUUCGGCAAGUCCGUUGCAUCCGUGGAUCAUGAGACUGGUGCCGUCCAUACAGCAGAUGGGGAGGUCUUCACGGCAGAUUUCACAGUUGCAGCAGAUGGGAUCUGGUCCCGAGCCAGACGAUGCUUGCCGGCAUCGAAGGAUAUGCUCCCCACCGCAUAUCGCGAACAUAACUACCGCGCAGUCAUUCCGCGGUCGCGAAUGCUCUCUAACCCUAUUACUGCACAAUUCAUGGCUUCUCCAGAGGCAGAAAUGUGGGUAGGCCCAGAUGUGUUUGUUUUGGGGUAUACAGUCGCCUCGAAGGAGUUGUAUAAUCUUGUCAUCGGUGUCCCACGACCAAGCGAAGGAACGCCCGUCGGGUCUUGGAAUCACCCUGCUAACGUGGAGACGAUGCGCGAACUUGUAUCGGGGUGGUGCGAGGAGGUUCGAGCAUUAGCUUCUCAUGUUCAAGAUGGGGAAUGUGUUUCUUGGACACUGGGUGAAGUCGCUCCUAUUCCUAGCUAUGUCAGUACAUCCGGAAGAGUAGCUUUGGUUGGGGAUGCGGCGCAUGCUCUUCUUCCUCAUGCUGCACAAGGGGCAGGAAUGGCGAUAGAGGAUGCAGCGAGUCUAGCGGAAUUUGUGGGAUAUCUGAGGUCGAAGGAAGAUUUGAUGAAAGUGAUGGGUGCUUGGAGCGAGUUUAGACAAGCUCGUGUGGAUCAUUUACGCAAUAUCAGCCGUGGUAACGCUAUUGACAUGACUCUUCCGGAUGGCGAACACCAGAUUGCACGGGAUGCGAAAUGGAAAUCUAUCCGCGAGACGCAGCGGGCGCAGCUGGCUGAGCUUGGACUUGAGCAAAUUAAAGAGAAGAUAAUCCGGGAGAGACCGAGGCCUGAUCCAGCUUGUAAAAGCACAUUUGAGCCUGGUGGUCGAAUGUGGAUCCAUGGAUUUGAUGCAAGCGAGGAAAGCAGAAAAUUCUGUUGCGAACAUCUGGGACUUGGGGUGGCAGCUUAA